UUUUUACUUUGCGAUCGGUCAGUGCGUUUUUAGUCGUGAACUUGAAAAGUCUAUUGUCGUCGUUCUGAACCGCCAAUACGUGUGCUUGGGUUACUAAUUAAUUUUGUGAGGAUCAACCUUGUCGCCGAUCGUUUCGGAAUUUUUAUUUCAUUGUUUUUUUAACUCACAGUUGUCAUCAAAAUGGUCAAUCCCAAUUUACUUAACAUGGAUGAAGAUUUUUUAUAUCAUAUUAAUAUAAAAGUUGAUAAAGAUACUAAUGAUAUAAAGAAACAAUUUGGAGAUAUCAAGUUUGUAUGCUUGGGAGGCACCAAAUCUCGUAUGGCAGCAUUGGCUGAACAUUUACGUGAAGUUCUUCAAAUAGAUCAAAAUAAGGAAUUGAUAGACUUAGGUGAAUCAGGACAUCGUUAUGCCGUUUAUAAAGUUGGACCAGUUUUAUGUUGCAGUCACGGCAUUGGCAUGGCAUCAAUGAGCGUACUAUUGCAUGAACUCAUAAAAUUAGUUAAGUAUGCAGAAUGUAUUGAUCCUGUAUUUAUGCGUAUUGGCACGUGUGGAGGACUUGGUGUACCACCAGGUACUGUCGUGGUAACUAAGGAUGCAUAUAAUGGUUAUUUGCGUAAUGAACAUCAAAUUGCAGUUUUGGGUGAGAAUAUUGUACGUCCUGCUUAUUUUGAUUCGAGUGUUAAUAGUAAAAUCAUUAAGUGUCAUGAAUCAACUGAUAAUUUUGAGCUUGUUAUAGGUAACACAUUGGGAACCGAUUGUUUUUAUGAAGGACAGGGUCGUUUAGAUGGUGCUCUUUGCAAUUACACACUUCAAGAUAAGAUGUCUUUUUUAAAAAAAUGUUAUGAAUUGGGAAUAAAAAAUAUUGAAAUGGAAGCAACAAUGUUCUCUUCAUUGGCAUUAGCCACUGGAAUUAAAGCUGCAGAUAUUUGCGUAACAAUUCUAAAUCGUUUAAAUGGUGAUCAGGUAAUUGUUACUAUGGCUGAAAAGGUGGAAUUUGAAAAACGGCCUUUUAUUGUAGUGGGUCGUUAUAUUAAACAAAAUUUGCAGAGCAAUUAAAUAACUACUAACUGAUACCGACACUUUACUUCAAUGUCGACUUUUAAACUUACAUUUAAACUAGGUCAGACCUAUUAAGCCUAAUCUGGCCUUUUGGUUGUAUUAAGAUUAUUCUAUUAAUUAAUAUUAUCAAUGUACAAUAUUUA